AUGGCCUCAUUGCCCAAGGGCCUGACAUCACCACCUCCUCCCGUCCCAGACGUGAUCACCUCCUUCCCCGCGCCGCAUGUUUUCCUCGUCACCAUUAACCGGCCAGAUGCCCUAAACGCCAUCCCGUCCACAAAUCACGUUCUCUACGACGCCCUCUGGCGCUGGUAUGACUCCCAGCCGUCCCUCCGCUGCGCCAUCCUGACCGGCACGGGGCGGGCGUUCUGCGCCGGCGCGGAUCUGAAAGAGUGGAACGACCGGAACACCGCAGCGGCGGCCGCCGCAAGUGGCAGCCAGCAGCCGCCCGAGACGUCCGGGCGGGCCAAGGACAGGUGGGCCUCGUCCGGUUUCGGCGGGCUCAGCAACCGUACGGGCAAGAAGCCCGUGAUCGCGGCCGUGAACGGCCUCUGCCUCGGCGGCGGCAUGGAGAUAGCCGUCAACUGCGACAUGAUCGUCGCGAGCGAGACCGCCAAGUUCGGGCUGCCUGAGGUCAAGCGGGGCGUGGUUGCGCUGGCUGGCGCGCUGCCGCGGAUUCAGAAGACGCUUGGUAAGCAGAGGGCUGCGGAGAUGGCGCUUGUCGGUGGGAUGUACACGGCGCAGAAGAUGUAUGAGUGGGGUGUGGUGAAUAAGGUCGUCAAGCCGGGUGAUGUGGUCAAGGAGGCGGUCGGUAUUGCCGAGGAGAUUGCUGGCAACAGCCCCGACUCUAUCAUUGUGAGCCGUGAGGGACUGAAGCUGGGCUGGGAGGUUGGUCCAGUGAUGGGGACGGAGCUCGUCGAGCGCGGAAUGUUUGGCCGGAUCGACGCGGGUGACAAUAUGCGAGAGGGUGUCAUGAGUUUCGUGGAAAAAAGGAAGCCGGUGUGGAGGGAUAGCAAGCUCUGA